AUGGCGUCCCUCGCGGCGACAUACCAUACGCAGGGCCGAUACGACGCGGCUGAGACGCUGAAGAAGCGAGCACUAAAUCUCCGACGGGAGGUGGUUGGGGAGAAGCACCCCGAUACGAUCAGGAGCAUGGCGGAACUCGCGGUGACGUACCAUGCGCAGGGUCGAUACGACGAAGAUGAAGAAAUUUCGGUCAAAGUACUAGAUCUCCGACGGGAGGUGGUUGGGGAGAAGCACCCCGACACGAUCAGCAGCAUGGCGUCCCUCGCGGCGACGUACCAUGCGCAGGGCCGAUAUGACGAGGCUGAAGUACUUCAUAACACUGCUCUAGACCUUCGCCGGCAUAUUCUUGGUGAAGAUCACCCGCACACGACUCAGAGCACUAUGUACCUGGCCUCCACACGGGAGUCGUUACAGCAAAUGCGGUCCUAUGGAAGAUCGGUUCCGUCUUCGGCGGUCGCGCAGGACCGCAAUUCAGAAGAGCCAAAGCUACGCCAUCGAUUUUUCAGGGAGCUCGCGCAGGCUAUGAGUUUUGGCAAAGGGAGGUCCCACGGAAGUUAG